AUGGACCAGGGCAUCAUUUGUAACGUGAAACAGUUGUACAAAAAAAAGCUGGUCGAACAUUACUGGGCCAUGGCACAGGACGGUCAAGUGAAGGAAAUAAAUUUGCUCCAGGGUAUCCGGUUCCUGAGAGAGUCAUGGGAUGAUGUCAAAACUUCCACCAUAUUCAACUGCUUCAAGAAACGCCUCCCGAACGUUCGGAAUGCCAGCGCUCAAAGUGAGAACAGCGAUGACACAGACGAACCGGAUCGAAUGAUUAUCCGAGACUGUUUCCCCAUUUCCAUGACUUUCGGGGACUUCGUUCAGGCUGAUCGGCAACUUGUGACUUCCGAUGAUUUCGAGCCUGAACACAAUGAGGUCCUCAGCGAAACCUCGGAUGAAGAACCCGAGUCCCCCUUCGAGGAGCCCAGUUGUGGUUUCGUGACCGGCCAAGAGGCUCUCCGAGCCUUGGCUACAUUGGUCAACCAUUGCUCUCAGAGACAAAAUAUUGUUCCAGGGAUCAGCAUGGCUCUACAUCAGUAUCGAGAUCUUGUUAUUUGUGACAUUCUACAGGAAAAAAGACAGGCAGAUCUUCGAUAUAUUUUCGAAAUCGAAGCCUUAGUUGUUUGGUUGUAUUUUGAAGACGAGAAUUGUAUUGAUGGGGACUGA